GGCAUCACACAUCGAAGGCGGCGUUUCUUUUACCUCACAUUGCAUCUGUGUGUGUGUGUGUGUGUGUGUGUGUGUGUGUGUGUGUGUGUGUGUGUGUGUGUGUGUGUGUGUGUGUGUGUGUGUGUGUGUGUGUGUGUGUGUGUGUGUGGAAGUGUAUGGGUACGGUCGCUAACACCGGCACACCGAUGACGGUUUUUCGCCCGUAGGGCACACACCCAUUUUGAAUCGGUAUGAGCGUGUACGUCUGUGUGUGUCUGCGCGCUAGAAGUACAGAUCAAGCACAUACACCGUAGAAGCAAAACGUUGCCCGAGCCGGGGUUUAAUGAGCGAGAACGUGUAGCCGUGUCUGUUUUCCCUUAGUUGGAAAGAGGAAGAGCUAUCUGUAUGUUGGUCUCACUCUAUUUUUCGUUGGACUGGAAAGGCUGCUUAAAAUUAUCUGAAUACUUUUUAACCAUCACCACACACAUACACGCGUACGUUCGCUUUACCAGUCCCCUUCAAGUGAAGAGCAACGACCACCAAAUGGAAAUGGGAGAAAGAAGAAAACCGCACUAGAAGUAAGAGAAAUGUAAAGGGUAGAGGGAGAGGAGAGUGGUGCGAUGGAAGAAGCAACUUUCCGGUUCCGGUUCACCCCGUACCAGGUCUGUUUUCCUCUUCUUCAUCAAGAUAAAAAGCUCUUCUACAUGUGGCGUUCGUUUUCGCUGUUGAGUGGAAAACUGGACGUACCGGCGUUUUCCGAUUUUCGCCCGCUUGCUCGCUGGGAGCGCAGCAUUUUUCCGCUACGUUGGUAGUUCAGCUUGACUGUGUAGUGGUGCGGAUGGUGGUGAUUCUAUGUGUAUGAGUGUGCCGGCUUGUUCAUGCAAAGCUCGUCCCCCUCACACACACACUCGCAUGCACACAUUUGGCAGGGCGAGUUGUUCUCUCUUUCGCACGCGCCCCUACACUGCUUGAUGGUUGCUAAGACCACAGUAGUGCUGUCUUUGUCACCCGUUCAGCGGGGAUAUCACGUACGCGCGGUUUCGCUGAACGAAACGGCACACUCACACACACAAGCACCACAUUAGCAAUAGCGGGAGGUAAAACGCUGCUCACUGUGGAAGGCGCCGUUCAGAGUGUACUUUUCUUUCACGGACGGUAGUUGUGUGUAGACAGCAAGUAGCGCCAGCGAGUUGAAGUAGUGCUUUUGGCCAUAGUUUGACAGCCGAUUUUUAGCGACCGACCCCGUACACGUAGUUCUGUGUGUGUGCGCGUGCGUUUUUGCAAGUGCCGUGUGGUGUGUACCUUUUGUUGUGUGUCAGCAGUGACGACACACGGCAUUGUUUUGGAGCAGAGGGAAGUCACACCUUUUCUGAAACGGAGCUAAACCUAGCCUGUGUGUGUAUUGUUUGUGUGCGGAAAAGGCCGAGUGACGUCCAGUGUGCGUGUGUGAAAGAAAACUCCACCAGCGAGAGAAGCAGAAGAGAGAACCGGCAAAGCAAACUUCUUCCCAAUUGAAUAGCCGCAGAAACGUGUUAAAAUGGCUUCCGGAGUAACUGUAUCGGACGUGUGCAAGACCACCUACGAGGAAAUUAAGAAAGAUAAGAAGCACCGCUACGUGAUCUUCUACAUUCGCGACGAGAAACAGAUCGAUGUUGAGGUGAUCGGCGACCGUAACGCGGAAUACGACAGCUUCCUGGAGGACAUACAGAAAGGCGGCCCCGGUGAAUGCCGAUAUGGACUGUUUGACUUUGAAUACAUGCACCAGUGUCAGGGAACGUCAGAGAGCUCGAAGAAGCAGAAGCUGUUCCUGAUGUCCUGGUGCCCAGACACUGCCAAGGUCAAGAAGAAGAUGUUGUACUCGAGCUCGUUCGACGCACUGAAGAAGUCGCUCGUCGGCGUCCAGAAAUACAUUCAGGCUACUGACCUUUCCGAGGCCUCGCGGGAAGCGGUCGAGGAGAAGCUGCGCGCCACUGAUCGUCAGUAAGAGUAGAGAGAGUGAGGAAGAUAGGGAGUGUGAGAGGGAGAGGGAACAACAAUAACAACACUACACAAACACAGUAGACAGGUUACUACUUAAGGAAGAGACGCGCACACCACACCACAGCGAAAAAGGAGGAGACGAAAAGCAGAUGAAGGGCAUAUUAUAUACACUUACACAAACGACAACAACAACACCAGCACCACCACCACCAUCAUACAUCAAAAUCUUGCAUAAGGAAGAAGGAGAUAAAGGAAAGGAAAAAGAAGAAGAAGAAGAAGACGAAGCAGCAGUAUGUACUAAGACAGUUUGUGAAAGUAGGAAAAGGUGAAAUGAUUAUGCAACGACAAGCAGCGCGCGUGGUUAAGAAUAAAAAGAGAAAUUACUGAAAUCAACAGAACAAA